AUGAUGUGUGCCGGUGCUCAGCAAGCUGUCCACGUGAGCGCCACAGCUGUGAGGCUGCUCCAUGAGGAUGAGGGCACAGGUGCCCAGUGCAGUGGGGACACCCAGCCCCAACUCCAGGGCCGCUUUUACAAACGUCACCGCAUGUCAGCCUCAAUUGGACCCUCAGACUCAGUCUUGGUUUCCAAAGAAGUCACGCAGUGCCCGCGGAGCUCCCCACGGUCUGCAGGGCGCGGGGCCACGCCCGCCCUCUCUCUUGCAGUCGAGGCUACUGAGCGCCCAGACGCGUCCCGGGCCGGCCCGGUUGCCCGGCAACCGGCACCACCACCACCCCACCUCCCGCGCGCGGGGCCGCUGGGCGUUUCCGGCCCGGCUCCCCCGAGCGCCUCUGCCCCGCCGCGCGGCGCCGGACUCCUGGGAGGCGCGGCGCGACCCCAGCCGGCGGCGGUUCGGCCGGGAGCGCGGAGGAGGCCCGACACACGGCCGAAGCGCGCCGCGGCGCCGCCCCCGGGGGAUGUGAAGUUGGGCGUCCGGCGAGUUUCCGGGUUGGGAUCCGAUGCCCCGCUCGCCUCCCCGACUGAGAAGGGAAUGACCAUGCCAGGUAAAGGGAAGAAAGAGAAAGCCCGGGGCAGGUCUCGAGGGAAGAAGCAGAAGAAGACCGAAGUGGACAUCCUCAGCCCCGCCGCCAUGUUGAACCUGUACUACAUCGCCCACAACGUCGCCGACUGCCUGCACCUGCGAGGCUUCCGCUGGCCAGGUGCUCCCAAAGGGAAGAAAAAGACGUGACAGAGCUCGCGGCUCGUGCCUGCUACAGAGAACAGGACGUGGGCACGAGGAGUCGGGACGUUCCAAUGACUGCAAGCAGAAUAGACUUUGCUGAAGACGACUUGAAAUGCCAGCUAAACACCUCUGCGGUAGGAAUGACUUCUUCAGCUGAGCCUGGUAUGGUUAGUCACUGGCGCUUCAGAAGCUAAGGGGGAAAAGAGUCUGAAAAACAGUCCUGCAUAGUGUAGUGCAAUUGGCAGUACUUUAAAACAUUAUUAUCAUAAUUUUGGGUGAGAAUUAAACCUUGCUCUCAAAGACAGAAGUUCUAGUUUGUGUGAGUUUUUUUCUUUUUGUAAAGAGGUUGGUUAUUUAGAGAAGACAAUGCAAAAAGCCCGAGAUUGCCUAUCAACAUCCCUCUCUCGGGCACUCUGGUUUUCCCCUUGUAAAAGUAUUUUGGCAGGGAGGAGCGGGCAGCAUUGUGGCGCAGCAGGUAAGCCGCCACUUGGGAUGUCCACGUCCCAUAUCGGAGUGCCGGUCCGAGUCCUGACUGCUUCCUGCGGGUCAGCAGCUGAGAGCUGUGCUUGGGCCCUUGAUGCCCACAGAGGAGACCCAGAUAGAGUCCUUGGUCGCUGGCUUUGGCCCGGCCCAGCCCUGGCUGUUGCAAGCAUUUAAAAAGUAAGCCAGCGGGUGGAAGAUCUCUCUUGCUCUCACUCUUGCUUUGCCUUUCAAGUAGAUGAAAAUAAAUAAAUAAACAUUAGCAGUAUUUUGGGGGUAGUGGGCAUUUGGCCCAGCCAUUAAGAUGUGACUUCUGAGGGCUGGCAUUGUGGUGUGGUGGAUGGGGCCACUGCCUGCCGUGGCAGCAUCCCAUGGAGGCAUAGGUUCAAGUCCCAGCUGCUCCACUUCUGAUCCGGUUCCCUGCUAAUGCACCCAGGAGAGCAGUGGAGGAUGACCCAAGUGCUUGGGCCCCUGCACCCACGUGAGAGACCCGGAAGAAGCUCCCGGCUCCUGGCUUCAGCCUGGCCCAGCCCUGACCAUUGUGGCCAUUUGGGGAGUGAACCGAUGGAUGGAAGUCUUCUCUCCUCCUCUCUGUAUCUCUGCCUUUCCAAACAAGGUGUGACUUGUGGCUCCACAUCUCACGGUGGAGUGCCUGGGCUCUGCUCCCCAUUCCAGCUUCCUGCUAGUGCACACCCUGGGAUUCAGCAGGCGAUGGCUCAAGUCGUCGAGUCCUUGCCACCCAGACGGUGGCAGACCUGGAUGGAGCUCCUGCCUCCUGGCUUUUCCCUGGCCCAGCCCUGGCUAUUGUGGGCAUUUGGAGAGUGAACCAGCAAAUAGGAGACUGAUUCUCUCUCUCUCUCUCUCUCUCUCUCUC